AUGCGAGUAUGGAAUGAAGAAGAUGAUGACUACACCUCAACAAUGGAAGUACUCAGCACUUACACGUUUUCCCGUAACGCAGUUUUCAACCCCUCAUGUGCAGAAUAUUGGACAAGAUUCCCAGAAGGAAUUCGACAGCCAAAUGACGAUGAGUUUUGCGGCUUGAUUGGCAAAAAUGGAAGUGUCCCUGUGCUUGACUUUGCUGUUGAGAAAGGAUUUCCACUGACUGAGGAUGCAUGUAAACGUGCUGCGGAACAUGGGAACUUGGUGGUGCUCCAGCGGCUUCGGUUCUACAACUGUCCAUGGGAUGAAGAGACUUGUGCUUCUGCUGCUCUUGGUGGCCACUUGCACAUUCUGAAGUGGGCUCGUCAGAAUGGUUGUCCUUGGAAUGAAGAGACUUGUCGCUUUUGUGCUGCUCGUGGUGGCCACUUGCACAUUCUGAAGUGGGCUCGUCAGAAUGGUUGUCCUUGGAAUGAAGAGACUUGUGCUUUUGCUGCUCUGGUGGCCACUUGCACAUUCUGA